AAUCGUAGUAUAUUUUUGGUAUGCUUUAUCUUUCGAGAAAUUUGUUGAUUCGGGCUUGUUUGGAUUUUCACGUCAGUGCAAAAAAGGUCUCACUUGUGAAUAGUUUUGUGAUUAAUCAGAGAAAAUAUAAAUCACAAAUAACGAAAAAAUCAAGAUGAAGCGAAAUCGUCCAACCGCGGCAAAUAGCAAGCCAUUUGUCUCUGGAGGCAUUUACAAUCCCAAUGCCACCGUCAAGCCUUUGAUUCAACAGCCGUUGCAGGAUGCCAAUGUCCAGGAAAAGCAGGCUGCUCUGGUUUAUUCAAAACCGGAGCCCCCGGUGGCUGUUCAGUCGCCACCGUCUUCUGUCCCCGCUCAAGUGGCGGCCUUGCCCUUCCAGCAGAAGAAUUUGGAUGCGGCCGCCCUCGCCGCCAAGCUGCCCUUGCCAAUCAUCGUCAAGGAGGAGCCGAUCUCUAUCGACGAGGAAGGGCCCAUCGACGUCAUAGAGGAAAAUAGCAGUGCCAGCGGCAUCGGGGGCAAGAUCCCCUUUAAAAAGAUCUUCCAAAAGCGCAAGAAGUCGUCUGAACGCACCCGGGACAAGAAGCUGCGUCAGAACCGCCAACUGCGCAAGUCCAUGCUGCCCAAGAACGCUCUGAUGGCCCUCAACGAGGUGAAGGGCGUGACCAUCAGCGAUUUCACCAUCGAUAGCAAUCCCGACGGCGGAUUCACGGCCGUUGUCACUGUGAACUGCAAUCAGUACGAGGGCAAGGGUGUCUCAAAGAUGACGGCCAAGAACGCGGCCUGCGAGAAGGCAUGGCGCGACUUCAUAAUUGCAAGGAUGACCCCCAAGCCGACCCGUAUUCAGCACAGCGAAUGCGGCGGGGAGCCAAUGGAUACAAACGAGGAUGAGGCCGGAGAUGAUGCACCGGAGGAUGAUCUGCCCAUGUUGAAUCUGGCCUCGUUUGCCAUCUACAAGCUGUUUGCAGAGUGGGAGCGCGAGGGCUAUGUCGUGCCCGAGAUGCACCCUUCGGCCAAUGCUGCUCAACAGGCCGGAGGGGAUGCUGGAACUCCCGUUCCCGCGGCGCCGAAGGAGCCAAAGAAGCCGCCAGUGCGCACCGAGCUGCCCUCUGGAUGGGAGACCAUGCAUCCGGCCACCAUUCUUUGCAUUAUGCGCCCGGGACUCAACUACGUGGACUACGGGUCAUCUGGCGACAAGCCCAACGUCAUGCAGCAUCUGGGAAUCACUGUGGACAACCAGGAGUUCCACGCCAACGGAAGAUCCAAGAAGAUCGCCCGUCGCAACGUGGCCGUAGAGGUGUGCAACUCUCUGUUUGGCACCAACUUCACCUGCAGCGACACAUCUUAAGAGACCAAUACAGUACUGCAAUACACACCGAUGCCUCUCUUAACGGCCAGCGAUCCGAGGAUUGUGACCCUGACGUCAAAUGCGCAACUUUGUUAAGAAGAUGAAAGAUUUUUGUCUGUGAAGAUGAAAAGGCAUAUUAAACAAUAGGUAUUUUCCAUUUUAGUUUGCAUUUUGCUCAGCUCUUACUUAUGAUUUCCUUAGGUAGCAUUAGUACAUACGGGGGUCACAGCCCUUUUCAAUCUAAAAAAUCUUAAAAAUGAACUAUGAAGGUUAUCCAAAUAAUUCUACCGCAGGAUUCUUUGUUAAUGUUGUCAAUUUGUGACCCAGUGUAGGAUUGGUACAUUUUUUUGGAGGCAGAUCGGAUAUCAAAUAUAAUUAUGCUUACCAGUGAAUGACAUUUUUUUCUCGUUAACUAGAUUAAGAUAAAUUAUUUGUAACCUAUGUUAGUCUUGGGUAUAAUUAUUUAAUUUUUAAAAAUACCGCCGUUGAGUGAGGGUAUACAUACAAAGAUGAAAACACAUUAAGAACAUCAAUAAAAUGAUUUAAAAUAAUAAUGUA